AUGACUACUGAACUGAAAAGAGGCGGGAUCCUUAUUCCACCAUGGUUCGAAUACCAUCAGCCAAGUUGCUCGGACUGGGCAAUCGUCAGCAUCGUGUUUGGCAUGACACUCUGCCUGACCCUAUUUGGACUCAUUCGCGUGUCUAUUCAGACAUAUAAUCAAUGGAAACGCGCCCAAAGAAUCACCACUUAUAUGAUUUUGAUAUGGCUUGAAUUGAUCGCCAGUGGAGUUAUUGGAGGACUUGGCUGGGGUUAUGUUCGUGGAACGAUUCGUCCAGGCUUUCUAAUAUACUUCUUCAUCUUAUUCCUCUGGGUGUUUCAGAUCCAUUGCAUCAUGCAGAUUAUUGUCAACCGAAUCGCCCUCCUCCACGUUUCACCGACCAUCGUCCGACGACUAAAAUGGGGCAUCUUCAGUAUUCUUGCUCUCAUCAACAUCUCAGUCUUUUGUAUCUGGAUACCCGCUCGUCUUCAAAUCAGCCAGACCUAUAUCGAUAUCAACGAUGUUUGGGAUCGAAUCGAGAAAUGCAUUUUUGCAGUCAUUGACCUAGCUUUGAACUUCUAUUUUGUCUAUCUGGUCCGUUCUUCUCUCAUCGCAUACGGCCUCAAGAAAUACGUUGUGCUAUAUCGCUUCAAUCUAAUCAUGGUGGUCAUCUCCAUCUCCAUGGAUAUCCUCAUCAUUGGCUCAAUGUCUUUAAAGAACACCUUCUUAUACGUUGAAUUCCACCCCCUUGCGUAUCUUGUCAAGCUACACAUUGAGCUGUCUAUGGCCGAGCUCAUCGCAAAGAUUGUGAAAGCAUCUGGGCCAAAUCUAACCCUAUGUCGUUGUGCCUGUCAUGAUGAUCCUAACCACAUAUUCCUCCAUCCAAUGCAAUCUCGACACAGUGCUCCAGCAGCGACUAGCCUCACGUUUCCAACUACUGGAAGAUUACGUCGCUCUUGGCCAGCUUUUACAAAGAACAUGCACAAUCGGGAGAAGCGACGCGGAGUAGGACGACUCAUGUCAUUGAAAUCAACUCGGAAGAAUCUUUCACGGGAGAAACAAACUGCUAAAGACAACGAACCACAACAAGAAGCCUGGAAGUCAGACACCAACGUACUGAGAGAUUGUGGUUCGCAAAGCAUGCCAAGUUCCGCGGAGCAAACUACUAAAGAAUCCCAUUCCCACAACGACUGA